GUCUCGGGGCCGCUACUGCAGGCCGGACCCCACUACUGCAGGGUUUGCUGCGACCGCUGACGGCUCCAGCGUUGCCCCUGUUGUGCCGUGGCCUGGCCGCUGAGGCCAAGAAGGUCUACGUGCGCGACAAGCCCCAUGUGAAUGUGGGCACCAUCGGCCAUGUGGACCACGGCAAGACCACACUGACAGCGGCCAUCACGAAGAUUCUAGCAGAGGGAGGUGGGGCUAAAUUCAAGAAGUACGAGGAGAUUGACAAUGCCCCGGAGGAGCGCGCUCGAGGUAUCACCAUCAAUGCGGCCCACGUGGAGUACAGCACUGCUGCCCGCCACUAUGCCCACACAGACUGCCCUGGUCACGCAGAUUAUGUUAAGAAUAUGAUCACAGGCACUGCACCCCUUGAUGGCUGCAUCCUGGUGGUGGCAGCCAACGAUGGCCCCAUGCCCCAGACCCGAGAGCACUUACUACUGGCUAAACAGAUUGGGGUAGAGCAUGUUGUGGUGUAUGUGAACAAGGCUGACGCUGUCGAGGACACUGAAAUGGUGGAGCUAGUCGAGCUGGAGAUUCGGGAACUGCUCAGUGAAUUCGGCUACAAAGGGGAGGAGGCCCCGGUCAUCGUUGGCUCUGCUCUCUGUGCCCUUGAGCAACGUGACCCUGAACUAGGUCUGAAGUCCGUGCAGAAGCUGCUGGACGCUGUGGACACGUACAUCCCAGUGCCCACCCGGGACCUGGAGAAGCCCUUCAUGCUGCCUGUAGAGUCGGUUUACUCUAUUCCUGGCCGGGGCACUGUGGUGACAGGUACACUAGAGCGUGGCAUUUUGAAGAAGGGAGAUGAGUGUGAGUUCCUGGGACACAGCAAGAACAUUCGCAGUGUGGUGACAGGCAUUGAGAUGUUCCACAAGAGCCUGGAGAGGGCAGAGGCAGGGGAUAACCUUGGGGCGCUGGUCCGAGGCUUGAAGCGGGAAGACCUGAGGCGUGGCCUGGUCAUGGUCAAGCCAGGGUCCAUCCAGCCCCAUCAGAAGGUGGAGGCACAGGUUUACAUUCUCAGCAAGGAGGAGGGUGGCCGCCACAAACCCUUCGUAUCCCACUUCAUGCCUGUCAUGUUCUCCCUCACCUGGGACAUGGCCUGUCGUGUUAUCCUGCCUCCAGGGAAGGAGCUUGCCAUGCCUGGGGAGGACUUGAAGCUCAACCUAGUCUUGAGGCAGCCGAUGAUCUUAGAGAAGGGCCAGCGCUUCACUCUGCGAGAUGGCAACCGGACCAUCGGCACUGGCCUUGUCACUGACACGCUGGCCAUGACUGAGGAAGACAAGAACGUGAAAUGGAGCUGAGUCUGGACCUUUGCUCAGGUUACUGCAUUGAGGACUGCCCUGGCCAGUGUUCCUCCUGCUCCUGUGCACCCACAGGGCCCACACUGCGACCCAGUGGAGUGCAGCUAGAUGGACAUUUUCCCCCUAGGCAGAGGGGUGGCCUGCCAGGUAAGCAGGCCAAUAAACUGUCCUGUGAAUAGUCA